AUGGACGUGGACAUGGACGUGGACGUGGACGUGGACGUGGACGUGGACAUGGACAUGGACGUGGACAUGGACGUAGACGUGGACGGGGACAUGGACGUGGACGUGGACGUGGACGUGGACGCGGACAUGGACGUGGACGUGGACGUAGAAACGGACCUGGACGUGGACGUGGACAUGGACGUGGACGUGGACGUGGACGUGGACGUGGACAUGGACGUGGACUUGGACGUGGACGUGGACGUCGACAUGGACGUGGACGUGGACGUGGACGUGGACAUGGACGUGGACAUGGACGUGGACGUGGACGUGGACGUGGACGUGGACAUGGACGUGGACGUGGACAUGGACGUGGACGUGGACGUGGACGUGGACGUGGACGUGGACAUGGACGACGUGGACGUGGACGUGGACGUGGACGUGGACAUGGACGUGGACGUGGACGUGGACGUGGACGUGGACAUGGAGGAAGACGUGGACGUGGACAUGGACGUGGACGUGGACGUGGACGUGGACAUGGAGGUGGACAUGGAGGUGGACAUGGAGGUGGACGUGGACGUGGACGUGGACGUGGACAUGGACGUGGACGUGGACGUGGACGUGGACGUGGACCUGGACGUGGACGUGGACGUGGACAUGGACGUAGACGUGGACGUGGACGUGGACGUGGACAUGGACGUGGACGUGGACAUGGACGUGGACGUGGACGUGGACGUGGACAUGGACGUGGACGUGGACGUGGACGUGGACGUAGACGUGGACGUGGACGUGGACGUGGACGUGGACGUGGACGUGGACAUGGACGUGGACCUGGACGUGGACGUGGACGUGGACGUAGACAUGGACGUGGACGUGGACGAGGACGUGGACGUGGACGUAGACGUGGACGUGGACGUGGACGUGGACGUGGACGUGGACAUGGACGUGGACGUGGACGUGGACGUGGACGUGGACGUAGACGUGGACAUGGACGUGGACAUGGACGUGGACGUGGACGUGGACGUGGACAUGGACAUGAACGUGGACAUGGACGUGGACGUGGACCUGGACGUGGACAUGGACGUGGACGUGGACGUGGACGUGGACGUGGACAUGUACAUGGACGUGGACGUGGACGUGGACGUAGAAACGGACCUGGACGUGGACGUGGACAUGGACGUGGACGUGGACGUGGACGUGUACGUGGACGUGGACGUGGACAUGGACGUGGACGUGGACGUGGACGUAGAAAUGGACGUGGACGUGGACGUGGACAUGGACGUGGACGUAGACGUGGACGUGGACGUGGACGUGGACGUGGACGUGGACGUGGACAUGGACGUGGACGUGGACGUGGACGUGGACGUGGACAUGGACGAAGACGUGGAUGUGGACAUGGACGUGGACGUGGACGUGGACGUGGACGUGGACAUGGAGGUGGACAUGGAGGUGGACAUGGAGGUGGACGUGGACGUGGACGUGGACGUGGACGUGGACGUGGACGUGGACGUGGACAUGGACGUAGACGUGGACGUGGACGUGGACGUGGACAUGGACGUGGACGUGGACAUGGACGUGGACGUGGACGUGGACGUGGACGUGGACAUGGACCUGGACGUGGACGUGGACGUGGACGUAGACGUGGACCGUGGACGUGGACGUGGACGUGGACAUGGACGUGGACCUGGAUGUCGACGAGGACGUGGACGUGGACAUGGACGGGACGUGGACGUGGACGUGGACGUGGACGUAGACGUGGACGUGGACGUGGACGUGGACGUGGACGUGGACAUGGACGUGGACGUGGACGUGGACGUGGACGUGGACGUGGACGUGGACAUGGACGUGGACAUGGACGUGGACGUGGACGUGGACGUGUACGUGUACGUGGACGUGGACGUGGAUGUGGACGUGGACGUGGACGUGGACGUGGUCGUAGACGUGGACGUGGACGUGGACUUGGACGUGGACAUGGACGUGGACGUGGACGUGGACGUGGACGUGUACGUGGACAUGAACGUGGACGUGGACGUGGACGUGGACGUGGAUGUGGACAUGGACGUGGACAUGGUCAUGGACGUGGACGUGGACGUGGACGUGGACGUGUACGUGGACAUGAACGUGGACGUGGACGUGGACGUGGACGUGGACGUGGACGUGGACAUGGACGUGGACAUGGUCAUGGACGUGGACGUGGACGUGUACGUGGACGUGGACGUGGACGUGUACGUGGACGUGUACGUGGACGUGGACGUGGAAGUGGACGUGGACGUGGACAUGGACGUGGACGUGGACGUGGACGUGGACAUGGACGUGGACUUGGACGUGGACAUGGACGUGGACGUAGAAAUGGACAUGGACGUAGACGUGGACAUGGACGUGGACGUAGACGUGGACGUGGACGUGGACGUGGACGUGGACGUGGACAUGGAGGUGGACAUGGAGGUGGACAUGGAGGUGGACGUGGAGGUGGACGUGGACGUGGACGUGGACGUGGACAUGGACGUGGACGUGGACACGGAUGUGGACGUGGACGUGGACGUGGACGUGGACGUGUACGUGUACGUGGACGUGGACGUGGACGUGGACGUGGACGUGGACGUGGUCGUGGACGUGGACGUGGACGUGGACUUGGACGUGGACGUGGACGUGGACGUGGACGUGGACGUGUACGUGGACAUGAACGUGGACGUGGACGUGUACGUGGACAUGAACGUGGACGUGGACGUGGACGUGGACGUGGACGUGGACAUGGACGUGGACAUGGUCAUGGACGUGGACGUGGACGUGGACGUGGACGAGGACGUGGACGUGGACGUGGACGUGACGUAG